AUGGAUUGCUAUAGGUUGCAUGGUUAUCCUCCAGAUUACAAAUUUAAAAGGAAAUCAGGCAAUACCAACACUCCUCAUACACGUGAUGGAGUACCUAGAAAUAAUAGAUACCAAAUAAGAAGAGAAGAACCUAGAGGAAAAGCAUAUAAUGUGAAGGAAGAUGUUUCUAAACUGCCAGAAGGAACCAAAGGCAGAACACCUGACUAUGAGGUUAAAGAGGAGCAACUCUGCCUCAUAAUUCUUAGGGAACAACAAGGGGAAACCUUCUCAACAAGCAUGGGAAAAUUGCCAGUUGCAGAACCUCCUAAUAUGGAAGGUAACAUCCUUGCAUCCAAUGUAAUUGUAAAUGAGGAAUUAGGUAUUGUUUCGGUAUCUUGUGUAAAAGAUAAAAAGGAGGAAUGGAUAGUAGACAGUGGAGCUACAAAUCAUAUGAUGUCUAAUAAAGAGUUGUUGCAAGAAGAACAUACUAUUAUUAGUGAUAAACAGGACCUCUCAAGUGGGAAGGGAUUGGAGAUUGAUAGAGAAAAGGAAGGUCUUUAUUUGUUGAAGCACAAAAUAAAAGGAACACAAGACAAGCAGCAGCUGGUCAGAGGAUUGAUUGCUACAAAGAAUCCAGUAGACAUUAUGCUGUGGCACAGAAGAAUGGGUCAUGCCUCUGUUGGUGCAAUGCAAAAGCUACUAGAUAUUGAUCAUAGUGAUUGCAAACAAGUUUUAGAUAAGUGUGAACUAUUUCCUCUUGCUAAACACACUCGAAUGCCUUUUCUUGUUAGUAACAUCAAGUCUUCUACUAUUUUUGAUUUGAUGCAUUUGGAUUUCAAUAAGACCAUUAAGAUAUUCAGGACAGACAAUGGAUCUGAGUUUGUUAAUUUUGAAUGUGUACAAUUAUUUCUGGACAAUGGUAUAGUGCAUCAAAGAAGCUGUGUUUACACUCCUCAACAAAAUGGAGUCAUUGAGAGAAAGCAUAGAUACAUUUUGGAGUUGGCCAGGGCAAUCAGAUUUCAAGGAGCUCUUCCUUUGAAGUUUUGGAGACAUUGUGUUUUAGGGAUUGUUUACAUGAUGAAUAAAUUACCUUCAGUUGCCUUAAAAGGCAAAACACCAUUUGAGGUAUUUCAUGGUUACAGAGGCUCUAUUAAUCAUCUAAGAACUUUAGGAUGCUUGUGCUAUGCCAAGAGGUUGCCUUCAGGUGAUAAAUUUGAAGCAAGAGCUGUGUCUACAGUUCAUAUGGGGUAUUCUUUAGUGACUAAGGGUUAUGUCCUAUACAGCUUGAUCCUUUUAUGUCUGAGCAUGCUCAUUUCCCUGAUGAGGCCACCUACUGAUCCAGCCUUCUUUAAUUCUCCUCCUGAUGAAGGAACUACUAUUAGUGCAGUUCCUGCUGAUCCUGUUGUACCUACCAUUGAAGUACCAACUGGUGAUUUAUAUGAUGAGGUGUACAUGUCCCUGCCUGAGGGAUUUUCUAGCCAGGGGGAGUCACAAGGCUUAAGUGGCCUAGAUCAUUCAUUAUUCAUCAAGAGAAAGCAUGGAAAAAUUGUGGUGAUUCUGGUAUAUGUUGAUGAUAUGCUGAUAGUUGGCAAUGAUUUGGUACUGAUUGAACAAACCAAGAAAGAACUGCAUGCUAAGUUCAAGAUCAAAGAUCUUGGAACUCUGAAGUACUUCCUAGGAAUUGAGUUCAGUAGAUCAGAAAAGGGAAUAUUGAUGAACCAAAGAAAGUAUGCUUUGUAA